CUCCACCUGGCGGCUGGCUCUCAGUCCCCGCGCUGUAGUCUGCGGAGCUGUGUCUGUUCGUAGGAGCCCGUUGGCGGCUGUUGUGUUGGGAGCCUGAUCGCGAUGGGGACAAAGGCGCAAGCCGAGAGGAAACUGUUGCGCUUCUUCAUAUUGGCUAUCCUGUUGUGCUCCCUGGCAUUGGGCAGCGUUACAGUGCACUCUUCUGAACCUGAAGUCAGAAUUCCUGAGAAUAAUCCUGUGAAGUUGUCCUGUGCCUACUCGGGCUUUUCUUCUCCCCGUGUGGAGUGGAAAUUUGACCAAGGAGACACCACCAGACUCGUUUGCUAUAAUAACAAGAUCACAGCUUCCUAUGAGGACCGGGUGACCUUCUUGCCAAGUGGUAUCACCUUCAAGUCUGUGACACGGGAAGACACCGGGACAUACACUUGUAUGGUCUCUGAGGAAGGUGGCAACAGCUAUGGGGAGGUCAAGGUCAAGCUCAUCGUGCUGGUGCCUCCAUCCAAGCCUACAGUUAGCAUCCCCUCUUCUGCCAUCAUUGGGAACCGGGCAGUGCUGACAUGCUCAGAACAAGAUGGUUCCCCACCUUCUGAAUACACCUGGUUCAAAGAUGGGAUAGUGAUGCCUACGAAUCCCAAAAGCACCCGUGCCUUCAGCAACUCUUCCUAUGUCCUGAAUCCCACAACAGGAGAGCUGGUCUUUGAUCCCCUGUCAGCCUCUGAUACUGGAGAAUACAGCUGUGAGGCACGGAAUGGGUAUGGGACACCCAUGACAUCAAAUGCUGUGCUCAUGGAAGCUGUGGAGCGGAAUGUGGGGGUCAUUGUGGCAGCCGUCCUUGUAACCCUGAUUCUCCUGGGAAUCUUGAUUUUUGGCAUCUGGUUUGCCUAUAGCCGAGGCCACUUUGACAAGCUGGGGGCCUGCCCCUCCAUCUUCCCAAGCCAAGCUGUCUUCUGUCCUGCUGACACUCAUGAUCCCAUUUCUUCUCUUUCAGGAACAAAGAAAGGGACUUCGAGUAAGAAGGUGAUUUACAGCCAGCCUAGUGCUCGAAGUGAAGGAGAAUUCAAACAGACCUCGUCAUUCCUGGUGUGAGCCUGGUCGGCUCACCGCCUGUCAUCUGCACUUGCCUUACUCAGGUGCUACCGGGACUCUGGCCCCUGAUGUCUACAGUUUCACAGGAUGCCUUAUUUGUCUUCUACACACCACAGGGCCCCCUACUUCUUAGGAUGUGUUUUUAAUAAUGUCAGCUAUGUGCCCCAUCCUCUUUCAUGCCCUCCCUCCCUUUCCUACCACUGCUGAGUGGCCUGGAACUUGUUUAAAGUGUUUAUUCCCCAUUUCUUUGAGGGAUCAGGCAGGAAUCCUGGGUAUGCCAUUGACUUCCCUUCUAAGUAGACAGCAAAAAUGGCGGGGGUCCCAGGAAUCUGCACUCAACUGCCCACCUGGCCGGCAGGGAUCUUUGAAUAGGGAUCUUGAGCUUGGUUCUGGGCUCUUUCCUUGUGUACUGAUGACCAGGGCCAGCUGUUCUAGAACGGGGAUUAGAGGCUAGAGCGGCUGAAAUGGUUGUUUGGUGAUGACACUGGGGUCCUUCCAUCUCUGGGGCCCACUCUCUUCUGUGUUCCCAUGGGAAGUGCCACUGGGAUCCCUCUACCCUGUCCUCCUGAAUACAAGCUGACUGACAUUGACUGUGUCUGUGGAAAAUAGGAGCUCUUGUUGUGGGGAGCGUAGUAAAUUUUCAGAGAACUUGAAGCGAAAAAGAUUUAAAACCACUGCUCUAAAGAAAAGAAAACUGGAGGCUGGGCGCAGUGGCUCAUGCCUAUAAUCCCAGAGGCUGAGGCAGGUGGAUCACCUGAGGUCAGGAGUUCAAGAUCAGCCUGACCAACAUGGAGAAACCCUACUAAAAAUACAAAAUUAGCCAGGCAUGGUGGUGCAUGCCUGCAAUCCCAGCUGCUCAGGAGCCUGGCAACAAGAGCAAAACUCCAUCUCAAAAAAAAAAAAAGAAAGAAAAGAAAGCUGGAGCUGGUGGCUCAGGCCAUCACUCUUCCCUUGGCUGGAACUACUGGACAGACCCUUUUGAGAUGUGCCUGUGGUUCUGUGGAGAUGUGUGUAGUGGUCUUAGCUCUUUGUUGAGCUUGUGUGUGUGCUGUGUGGUCUUAGCUGUAUGCUGAAAUUGGGUGUAUGUUGUGGAGGGCUUCUUAGCUCUUUGGUGAGAUUGUAUUUCUAUGUGUUUGUAUCAGCUGAAUGUCGCUGGAAAUAAAACCUUGGUUUGUCAAGGCUCUUUUUUGUGGGAAGUAAGUAGGGGAAAAGGUCUUUGAGGGUUCCUGGGCUCCUUUGUACACAGGAAAAUGCCUCAAAGCCUUGCUUCCCAGCAACCUGGGGCUGGUUCCCAGUGGCUGGUCCUGCCCCUUCCUGGUUCUUAUCUCAAGGCAGAGCUUCUGAAUUUCAGGCCCUCAUUCCAGAGCCCUCUUGUGGCCAGGCCUUGCUUUGCUGGAGGAAGGUAUGCAGGGUGAAGCUGAUGCUGUACUUGGGGGAUCUCCUUGGCCUGUUCCACCAAGUGAGAGGAGAAGGUACUUACUCUUGUACCUCCUGUCCAACCAGGUGCAUUAACAGACCUCCCUACAGCUGUAGGAACUACUGUCCCAGAGCUGAGGCAGGGGGAUUUCUCAGGUCAUUUGGAGAACAAGUGCUUUAGUAGUAGUUUAAAGUAGUAACUGCUACUAUAUUUAGUGGGGUGGAAUUCGGAAGGAAUUUGAAGACCAGAUCACGGGUGGUCUGCAUGUGAAUGAACAGGAAUGAGCUGGACAGCCUGGCUGUCAUUGCUUUCCUCCUCCCCAUUUGGACCCUUCUCUGCCCGUACAUUUUUGUUUCUCCGUCUACCACCAUCCCCCAGUCUAUUUAUUAACUUAGCAAGAGGACAAAUAGAGGGCCCUCUUGGCUUGAUUUUGCUUCUUUCUGUGAAGGAUAUACUAAGUGCGACUUUGCCCUAUCCUAUUUGGAAGUCCCUAACAGAAUUGAGUUUUCUAUUAAGGAUCCAAAAAGAAAAACAAAAUGCUAAUGAAGCCAUCAGUCAAGGGUUACAUGCCGAUAAACAAUAAAUUUUCCAGAAGAAAUGAAAUCCAACUAGACAAAUAGAGCUUAUGAAAUCGUUCAGUAAGGAUGAGUUUGUUGUUUUUAUCACCCAGGCUGGAGUGCAGUGGUGUGAUCUUGGCUCACUGCAACCUACUCCUCCCGGGUUCAAGCCAUUCUCCUGCCUCAGUCUCCUGAGUAGCUGGGAUUACAGGUGCUAAUUUUUGUAUUUUUAGUAGAGACAGGGUUUCACCAUGUUGGUCGGGCUGGUCUCAAACUCCUGAUGUCUUGAUCCGACUGCCUUGGCCUCCCAAAGUGAUAAGAUUACAGAUGGGAGCCACCAUGCCUAGCCAAGGAUGAGAUUUUUAAAGUAUGUUUCAGUUCUUUGUCAUGGUUGGAAGACAGAGUAGGAGGGUUAUGGAAAAGGUCAUGGGGAAGCAGAGGUGAUUCAUGGCUCUGUGAAUUUGAGGUGAAUGGUUCCUUAUUGUUUAGGCCACUUGUGAAGAAUAUGAGUCAGUUAUUACCAGCCUUGGAAUUUACUUCUCUAGCUUACAACAGACCUUUUGAACUGGAAAACACCUUGUCUGCAUUCACUUUAAAAUGUCAAAACUAAUUUUUGUAAUAAAUGUUUAUUUUUCACAUUGA